AUGGCAACCCUCGCGCCCACUAUUGACGAGAUCAAAACGUCCAUCGACGCAGUCCUGGACGAUCUCCAGAGCUCCUUGCGAGAGCUCAACCGAGAGAUAUGGUCAAACCCCGAAACAGCGUACCAAGAGCACAAAGCCCACGAGACCAUCUGCGCCUUUCUCGAAGCCCAAGGCUGCACCGUCACCCGCCACGCCUACGGGCUCGACACCUCCUUCGAAGCCACCUGUGGCUCCGGCGGCCGGCUGAUCAACUUCAACGCGGAGUACGAUGCUCUCCCUGGAAUCGGGCAUGCCUGCGGCCACAACCUCAUUACCACGAGCAGCGUGGCGGCAUUCUUAGCCCUAUCAGCCCUGCUGAAGAAGUACGACAUUCCUGGAAGGACGCAGUUGCUCGGGACACCAGCCGAGGAGAACGGGGGCGGGAAGACAAAGUUGAUUGAGAACGGGGCGUACAAGGGGGUCGAUAUCUCGCUGAUGGCUCACGCUGGACCCAAGAAGCUCUUUCCCGGGGUUGACUCGGACGGUAUCGCCGGUGUACUCAUGAACGCUCGCAAGGAGAUCCACUGCGAGUUUACUGGCAAGUCUGCACAUGCUGGGGGUAACCCGUGGGACGGGAUCAAUGCGCUGGAUGCCCUGGUCAGUGCGUACAACAACGUCUCUGUGCUAAGGCAGCAGAUGCAGCCGGAUGAGAGGGUGCAUGUCGCGUUUACGGAGACGCCUACUGUGGCCAAUGUCAUUCCGGAGCGGACCAAGGCGUACUGGCAGGUGCGCAGUCCGACACUGAAGGGGUUGGAUCGGUUGAUUGGGAGAGUCAGGAAUUGUAUCGAGGCAGGCGCGUUGUCAUCGGGUUGUCGGGUCGAUAUUGUCGAGGAUCAACUGUAUACUGAUAUCAAGAUCAAUGACGCCCUCUGCGGACGAUACCAGACUCACAUGGCUCGCUAUGGACGGAAGAUUACCAAGAGCCACGACAAGGUCUUGACAGGCUCAUCAGAUAUCGGAAACGUGAGCUAUCUCGUUCCAACACUGCAUGCCAUGUUCGCGAUCGCGGACCAGGAAGGCUUAUUUCUUCACCAUUCUUCAUUUGCCACUGUAGCCGGGACGGAUACUGCGCACGAGGAGGCAGUCAUUGUGGGCAAGUCUCUCGCAAUGAUUGGAUGGGAGAUGUUGACAGAGGAGGGACUGUUUCAGACGGCAAAGAAGCAAUGGGAGAUGGCGAUUUUGGAGUGA